AUGAAGCUGAAGCCCUUGUUUGGAAAAUUGUGCAAAGGGUCUCCUUUAAAACAGAAAACAGAAAAGGAUAAACGCUUACGAAAUUUAAAACCAUUUGUUGAUUCAUCUGGUCUUUUAAGAGUAAAGUCAAGAAUAUUAAUGAGACAAGACUUCGAAAAUCUUAGAACACCUGUAAUUCUACCUCCUGAACAUCCAGUUGUCUCUAAACUGAUUAUGGAAAAACAUGAACAACAAAUACAUUGCGGAACUCAAACUUUAAUGGCAAUGCUACGAGAAAAUUUCUGGAUUUUGAAAAGUCGUAAAACUAUUCGUAAAGUGUUGGAAAACUGCACUAAAUGUAGAAGAUUUGAUUCGAGGCCCUCCACGGGUACAAUUCCGCACCUUUGCCAAAAGGACCAUGUUAAAGAUUCUUCUAUCUGUUUUGAAGUGACAGGUAUCGACUUAGCUGGACCCUUUGUUUUUAAAAAAAUGGAAUCGAAAACGUGGAAUCGUUUUAUUUACAUGUGCCUGUAUACAGGGCAAUUCAUCUUGAACUUUUAA